CGUCUAUCUAUCGCACAUAUCUUUAAAAAAUGGGGAAAAAGUUAAAAACUGGAAAAUCUAGGAAAGAUAAAUAUUACAAAUUAUCCAAAGAAAUAGGAUACAGAUCGAGGGCAGCAUUUAAGCUUAUUCAAUUAAAUCAAAAAUAUUCAUUUCUUCAAAAUAGUACUGUUUUAUUAGAUUUAUGCUGUGCACCUGGAGGUUGGUUACAAGUGGCAGCAAAAACAUUACCAGCCUCGUCUGUAAUUAUUGGAAUUGAUCUUGCUCCUGUGAAAUCUCUACCUAAUGUGGAAUUAUUUCAAGAGGAUAUAACUACAGAAAAAUGUCAUCAUUUAAUAAAACGAUUUUUAAAAACAUGCAAAAUUGAUUGUAUAUUACAUGAUGGUGCACCAAAUUUAGGAACUAAUUGGCUCCUUGAUGCUCAUUCACAAGUGAGGUUAGCAUUUUAUGCUUUCAAAUUAGCAGUCCACUUUUUGGCUCCAGGUGGUACAUUUGUUACAAAGUUAUUUAGGAGUAAAGAUUAUGAUUCAUUACUCUGGGUGUUUCGAAAAUUUUUUAAAAGUGUUGAGUCAACAAAACCUCAAGCUUCCAGAAAUGAAUCAGCAGAAAUCUAUGCUGUUUGUCAAGGUUUUAUCCAUUACAACAAAGUAGACCCAAAAUUUUUGGACCCUAAGUUUAUUUUUCAGGAAAUUGAUGACAUAAUUGUUAAAAAUGCAAUUGAAAAUAAAUUAGAUGAUAAUAAAAACGAUAAUAUAGGAAACAUGGAUCUAGAAUUGAAAAAUGUUCACUUACCUUUAGAGGAUAUUGUUAAAGAUAAUAAUGAUAUGCCUAAAAGUAAGAUUCAAGAAGAUGAAACUAAACUUAAACAAAUUAUAAAGUAUGAAAUAGGUGAUUAUAAAGAAAUUCAAAAAUUAAAAUUUCGCUUGGAACAAGAUUCUAAAGUUAUAGUUAAUAUAGAUGAUGAGUCUGCCACUCAAAAUACUAAAACAUUGAUAUCUGAUAUAGAUUAUAUACUAGCACAUAGCCAUAAGAAAAUUUUGAAAGAAUCUAAUUACAAAGAAAUUUUAUUAAUAGAUCCUAGAAUUAGAAAUCAUCCUCUGACUACACCCGAGGUCAAGGCACUAUGUUCUGAUCUCAAAGUUUUAGGCACUGGUGACAUUAGAAUAUUGAUGAGAUGGGCAUUUAAACUUAAAAAACAGCUCUUUUUAACAACUAUCAAAAACACUUCCAAGACUUCUGAAACUGAUAAAGAUUUGGAUUUCACUGAAGAAGAAAUGGGUGAAAAAAAAAUUUUGGCCAUAAAGCUAGAAUCAGAACAGCUUAUUAAAAUUAAAAGGCGUAAAAUAGCUAAAAUGAAGGCAAAAUUAGCAGAAAGGAUGCGUCUCCAAAUGGAUUUACCUCAUGAUAUCACGGACACAAUACACAAUGAUGAUCUUUUUGAUUUGAAACAAAUUAAUAAGAAAAUGAGCAAUAUAAAAUCUCUUGCAAAUGCUGAAAAAAUAUUGGGCGCCAAAGAAAGUGAACUCAUUCAGGAUCUAGUUUAUGACCCUAAAGACAGGCAGGAAAUCAAGGUGGAACAAUGGUUCGAUAGGCCUAGCUUUAAAUGGUUAUCCCAAAAUUUGCCCGAAUAUCCUGAGGCCCAACGGGAUACCCAAAGACAUUCUCGAGAAUCAGAUUUUGACCAAACUGACGAAGAAGUUGAGGAUGACCCAAAAAGAAUGAUGGUUGACGAUGAAAUUAUUACGUCGGAACAUGAUAUCGAAUCAGAUACCCAAAAUGAGCUCAGAUGGGAGACAGGCAACCGAGAAUCGAGUGUCGAUUCAGCUAUUGGAAUGCAAAAUGAAAUGUCGGGUGAAGAGACGGAGGCUGAAUCCGCGUAUGGUAAUGACGGUAACGAUACUGAAGCGGACAAUAUGGAAAACGACAGCGGUAAUCUUGAUACACCCGAAGAGAUGUUACUCGCGACCUAUAUGGUUCAAUCUAAGAAAAAGAAGAACGAGGUCGAGGACGAAUCUUACCAUAGGUACACUUUCGGUGAAAAGGCUACGUCACUUCCGGACUGGUUCGUGGCCGACGAACGUAAACACUAUUUUAAACGAUUGUUGCCUCCUCAAGCUCUUCCUUCCGAAAUUGUCGAAGAAACGCGUUUGAAAUAUGGUCAAUCUCUUAACUCUCGACCCAUCAAAAAGGUUCUUGAAGCCAGGGCGCGCAAAAAAAGACGCGCAGCAAAACGCCUUGCCAAAGUAGUAGAUAGAGCGCAAAAAUUGACGGCCUCCAUUAACCCCUUCGGUAUUCACGGCGAUAAAAGUGGAGAAAAUGAUACGAGCGCCGCUAGUCAAGCUAUUCAGCGUAACCUCAUAGCCCGAGCGAAACGCACGCGAAGUAUCGCCGCGUCCUCCAAACGGGACAAGAUGUAUGUGGUGGCGAAAGGGCGUAAAGGAAACGCCGGGACAGUUUCCUCUUCGAGAAAGAAAGGUAGAGGUGACAAAAAUUUAAAAGUCAAAAAGGUGGAUCGGCGAAUGAAAAAGGAUGAUUGGAAACGGAAAAAAGAAGCAAAAGGGAAAGGGAAGGUUAAAGGCCGAAAAAGAGUUAAUACUGGCGGAAGUAGGAAAAAGAGCACUGGAAGGAAAAAUUGAUUAAGAAAAUUUUUUGUUAUGAUUGCAUUUGUGUGCU